AUGAAAUGGUUUUCGGGUGAAGCGCAGUGGCCAUAUUUUAGCAUCACAUGUCUUCCCUCAUUUGCCGACCCCCAUACUUGGAAUAAAGCUCAGGCCAAGGGUCAUGUCAUACUAUGUGAAGACUUGGACAAGGUUGUAUGGUGGGAAACUUUCCAAAUGGUCCGCCGUAUGGUAGAAGAAGGCCUUCAGCACCUCUUUGACAAAUAUUCGUGGAAACCAGACGAGUCGGAACUCGAUGAUUUUGCUUGGGCUUGUUGUGAAUUGCCUAUUAUGGCAUCCAUCCGUGUUCGUUAUGUCUGCCAGCAGAGCGGACAUGGUCGCACCCUGCAAUCGGUGUUCAAGGGCUUGCUCGACCUCCGUGACCUCCCUGCCAACCUCAAGGAGGAGUACUUGUGGAUACUUCGACAAGCCUAUAUGCCGGAUUCAUCUGAAAUUCACCCAGAUGUAGCUGAGAAGUAUUGCUUAGUGCUUUUCAAGAUCGACGAAGCUGAGAUCCGUGCGACAUUGGAACCAAUCAGCCCCAUCGUCAAUCUUCCCUCAGAGGAUGCAGAGGAUGUCGCCUUAUAUCAUGCAACAGUAAGAGAAUUCAUCACAGGGGAACCAAUUGGCGAUGUGAAGGACAAGAUAUUCUUCAUCGAUGACGUGAAAGGGUAUUUCAUGGGAUUGCCGCUCCUUCGGCUCUUCAACAAUUAUUUCCAAUGA